AUGGAUAGAACGCUCUCUCCAUACGAAGUACUUGGUGUUCCAUGCUCAGCUUCGGCUGCUGAUAUCCGUGCAGCGUUCAAGCAUUUGGCGUUACGUACUCACCCUGACAGAAAUAUCGAUUACUUCCGCGAAGAAGAGGACGUCUCUGCGGCGCACGUAACCCAUCCUUUUUACGUCGUGAAAGAUGCUUCGGAAUUGCUGCUUGACCCUUUGCGCCGCGCUGAGUACGACCAGAUUCAACAACAGGCAUAUGUGAGGUCUGUCGGUGCUGUGAGUGAUACAUAUAAUAUAGAUGAUUUUGAUCUUGUAGAGGAGAGAGUUGUGGAUCUUCCGGAAAGUAAGAAUACUGGUGUAGUGACGAUGCUUACGUACCAAAUGGAAUGCCGUUGUGGUGGGAUCUUUGAGCUUUUCGUCACAAAGGAAGUUGGAGAAACGCGGGAGAUUGACAAUCUUUGUAAAUGUGAUUGUUGCUCAUUGGUGAUUUUGGUAACAGGCGAAAAGUUAAGCGAAUAA